AUGGCUGAACUGCCAUUGUGCACAUUUGGACUGUUGCUUCAAGAUGAAUGCCACAAGACAGUUCAUACACGUAGUGUCGGCUUGCAUAACCUGUUAGAAUUAUCCAAUGCUAACUUUGAAUUGUUGAUGUUAAGAACCAAGCCUGUUGAUCAAUUACAAAGAGAGAACUGCAAUAUAUGCUUCCACCACAAACAGGUUCUACUUGAAAAAUUUGAUAAAUUGCAGCGGAGUUGUUGUGAUCCAUUAAAUAAACAUCAAUGCAAAGUCACAAAGUCACUGAGGGCAGUCAGUAUUGACAAAGCCAAGGAGCUAACACUAACAACUGGGAGACACAUCAAACCUGGUGAGAAGCUAUGUCCAAGCUGUCGAAAGUACGAUACAUCCCAGGAACAUGAACAGAGUUAUGGACAUUCAGCUAGUGAUACCGAUAUAGAAGACAUUGACUUGACAUCUUUCUCAACUAAAUGA